ACGAUUUCACGGAAAACGGACGACUGUUCGUCUAUUUGUGAAGUAAGAUGUGUUUUAAAGACGCAUUAAUAAAAAGUCCAGAAGUUUUCUAAUAUAUAUAGUUAAGUAUUGUGUUUAUUGUUAUAUAUUUAUUGGAUUUCAUUGGAUGCCAUGAAUGGCUCAUGGUACACGUAGUUCCGGAGGAGAAGUGAGAAUGUAAACACAUAAUAAAACAGUCAUGGCUUCUAUAGAUGAGAUCACAAAUGUGACAAAAACAAUCCUGAAUGAAUCGCAGGUUGUAGAUUCCACCCUUAUUUUCGGUCCUCAACGAGAUUCAAUGUUUAUAGUGGUCCCUAUAACGAUCAUUUAUACUCUUAUUUUCAUCACAGGAUUAUUUGGAAACUUAUUUACAUGUGUGGUAAUAAUUCGCAAUAAAAGCAUGCACACAGCCACAAACUACUAUUUGUUUAGUUUAGCAAUAUCCGAUCUUCUGUUACUAGUAAGUGGCAUGCCCCAAGAGAUGUACUCUAUCUGGUCGAAAUGGCCUUAUAUCUUCGGACACAUUUUUUGUGUUCUACGCGGCUUGGCGGCGGAGACGUCGACAAACGCUAGUGUCCUGACAAUCACUCUAUUCACUGUCGAGAGAUACUUAGCCAUAUGUCAUCCCUUUGCUACUCACAAAAUGUCGAAGUUAUCACGAGCGGUAAAACAUAUCAUAAUACUGUGGGUAGUAUCUUUUGGACUGGCUUUACCGCAAGCCCUUCAAUUCGGGAUAAGAAUCCAUAAAGGAGUCACAAUGUGCCUACAAACAAGGGUAAUUAUCGAGCACUCGUUUGAGAUCUCUACUUUCUUUUUCUUCUUUGCACCAAUGAUCAUGAUAACUGUAUUAUACUCCCUCAUAGGACUAAGAUUAAAUAAAUCGUAUUUGAGUGGAGAUCUACAAGACGAAGAAGAAGCGAGGAGGAAUUCAAGUGUAGUGAAAAAUAUACAUCGAAAAAAUAACACUAAAUCAACAAAAAGAGUUAUUAAAAUGUUAGUCGCAGUCGUCAUAGCAUUUUUCGUUUGCUGGGCACCAUUCCACGCGCAACGGCUAGUUGCUAUCUAUGGAACCUCAGAGGACCACCUCGCCAAGUCGCCAGUUCUACUCUCCGUAUACUACUUCUUGACCUACUUGUCCGGAGUUUUCUACUACAUAUCUACAUGUAUAAAUCCUAUAUUCUAUCACAUUAUGUCCAACAAGUUUAGGGACGCUUUUAAGAACACAAUAAUACGGUGCUGUUGCCCAAGUAAAAACCUUCCCAUCGUGCAGCGCUGUUCCUACACAACCGUGCCAUUGUCCCGACAUGUGAAUUCAUUGAAACCCGCACACAAAGAAAAUAAAGAAAAACUGAAACGAGACUCCAUUAGACGGGACAACAAUUAGCAGUCAAUCCGAUCGCGGAAUUGUAAAAAUAAGGAAAAAAGCAAUCAAAGAGUUUUAUCUUCAAGACUACACACUUAACUCCAAUCAAACGUACAUUUUAAAACUCUGUUGAAUUAAAAAUGUAUAAGUUUUUAAUUUUUUUUAUUAAGUCGUCUAUUAAAGGCUCCGUUCCUAUACCUACAUAACGAAUCGUUAUUGUACUAGCCGACUGUUUUUGAUUUACGGGUAAAGAUAAGUUAAAGCGUUUCUUCUAAGUUUUUACGUCGCAUACUUGUACAUGCGAUUUUGUAAGUUACCAAGUAUCUUUAUUGGGAUGAUUUUAAAAAAACGCCUCGUAGACAAUCUACCAUACCAUAGAGCUGGAUAUUAGUGAUCUCAACUUUACUAAAUUAAAAUAUAUUCAAUAUUUAUUAGCUGGGAAAAAACUGUAUAAAUAAAAAAACAAUAUUUUUUUGUUAGCGGUUUAACAAAUUACCACCAGAUUUAUGUCUAAUAUGUACAAAGAUAACACAAAUAUAAAAACUCAUUCUCAUGUUAAGCUGAGUUAACCAAUUUUGAUGGACAUGACGGGCUCCUGCUACAGGCGUGUGCGCCCAAGGAGGCACGCUUCCGACAGCAAACGUUACAACACGUUACGUACAAAUCAGGCCAUGGGAAGCCUACUUUAUACGUAACUUUAUUUAUAUAAUGUUUAUAUAUC